AUGGCCUGCUCCGUGAGUGACACUCCCUCCCUGAAAGACCUCCCCAAGGUCGCCACAGACCUGAAGAGUCAGCUCGAAGGCUUCAACACCAGCUGUCUCCGUGACGUCGACACCAAUGAAAAGAUUGUGCUUCCGUCUGCUGAAGACGUGGCAAAAGAGAAGCAACACAACGCUUUACUACAAGGCGUUGAACUAUUCCAACCGUCUUCAUUAAGGAAAACCGAGACAAUAGAAAAAAACAUUCUCCCUAACGCAAUAGACGUCGCCACUGAGAAGACCCAGAAGUCUUUAUUCGACGGUAUCGAGAAGUUUGAUUCGAGCCAGCUGAAGCACACCGAGACUCAGGAGAAGAACCCGCUUCCGGACAAAGAUGUUGUCGCAGCGGAGAAAGCCCACCAGAACCUCUUGGACGGAGUUGAACACUUCGACAAGACUCAGAUGAAGCACACGACGACGGAAGAAAAGAAUCCACUGCCCCCGAUCGAAGCUAUCGAAGCGGAGAAGGAAAAGAACAAAUUCCUGAACGGCAUCGAGAACUUCGAUCCCACUAAGCUGAAGCACACGGAAACGUGCGAGAAGAACCCGCUCCCCACAAAGGACGUCAUUGAGCAAGAGAAAUCAGCUUGAACCACUACUUUAUAACAGUUACUCGCAAAUGUAUCUCGCUAGUAUCGCCGUAUUUUAAUAUUGAUGUAAGUCAGAUCGAUUUGCGUCGUCCAUUACAAGUUUUAUUUUUGUUUUUGUACAAUGGCAACACUGCCUGGGCAAUGGCGACGUACAGCAACCCCGGAUUUUAUUCAAAUCCUAACGACAAGUCGCGCCUUACGCCAAUAAACAGCGAGUGGACGCCAUAAACCGAUCUAAUACAGAUAAUUAGUGUAUAGUAACCAAAUUUUCUAUGUCACUUUUUAAACGUGUAUUUUAUAAGUAUUUUACGAAAAUAUUUUACUUUUUAAUUUUGAUUAAUAUAAUUUAUGUGAAGGAAAAAAGAAUUGAUUUUUUUCUAAAGUACUGAUCUUCAAAUAUAAGUCUUUACUUAACCUGUACUCCUAUUAUGAAGUGAGGAAGAACAGACGUGAUCGAAGCAACCAGACAAAAUGAAGCACGAAGCACCGUGGAAUGUGCUAGAACUAAAACUCGACUAAACUUGAGUAUUAUUAAAGAUCACGUCCGUUCUAUUGAACAAUAAGUCCGUGGUACCGGGUGUGUAAUCUGAAUCUAAGCGAGCGACUGAUAUUUAACUCAAAAUAAGAUGUGGUUACCGAAAUAUUCAUUACACUACUAAAUAUGCUUUUUAUAAUUUUCAUUAGUAAUUUACAUCAUCAUUUCUUAGAACUGGAAAUCAUACGUUCAAUACGAAAAUGACUGCAAAAUAAAUAAAAACAGAAACGCGAAAAAAACAGUAGAUAAAGAAGCACAAAUAUUUUGUCAUAAUACAAAUAUGGCGGUCAAAUAUGACAAUAAUAAUCUACAGAUGCUGGAUAAAGAUAGCUGUCAAGUCUUUUUGCCAUCUUAACACCUUUUCCAUGAGAUGAGUCAUUUUCGUAACAAAGUCUUGUUUAAUUAGUCAUCAACUGUGUGGUUAAAGCAAAUGCUCAACCGACGAAUAUCUGACUAAGAUACAAUAAAACGUAUUGGUAUGUAAGACUAUACUAAAUAUAAAUACUUUUUAAGACCUCCACAAAA